AUGGUACCGUCACAUUUUAUGAGUGUUUUAUCAUUUCCAUUAAGUCCAAAUGGUAAAAUCGAUCGAAAAGCUUUACCAGAAAUAUCGCUAUCAGUGCUUCAACAAGAAGAUACCUAUAAUGCACCAAAUACUGAAUUAGAAAAGAUGAUUGCGAACAUUUGGCAAGAAAUAUUAUACACAAAUCGACUUAUUACACAACACGAUGAUCUAGAAUCGAAUAAGCUGCCAUCCAUUGCAAACAAAACAGUAUCUUCGAUAUAUUAUCCAACUAAAAGCGUCUCUGAUCUAGACAGACAAACGUCUUUUCUCAUAUCUACUACAGCUAGUUUCUUCAGCGUUGGCGGUAAUUCUCUUCUACUUGUUCAGAUCUAUCAAUAUUAUCAAUCAAAAUUCAAUUUUGAGACAGAAGCAUUGAAUAUUCGAUCAUUGUUUGACUAUAACACCAUAGUAGAACACGCAAAACUACUUGAAACAAUCAUCGUCGAUGGCACGCAACUAAAGCAAUGGCAUACACUGAAUAUUAACGAUGGUAUCGCAUCGUAUGCUCAAGAACGCAUAUAUCUUGAUGAGAAAAUGCGUUUUUCUGGAGAAAAUGCCAUUUACAAUGAGUUAACUGUUCUACGAGUUACGAAAGGUUCAUUAUCAAUGAAUCGUUUAUUGCAAGCUCUUCGCUGUGUUCUGCGCAAACAUAAGAUAUUAAGAACUUCUUUAGUUUUCAAUGAAGAGGAUAGUAUUUUAAAACAAUAUAUUACUGAUAAACAUAUGACAUUUACCAUGGCUACCGAUCAAACAUUUCAAAAUGAAGAUGAACUUCAAAAUAUUAUUCAUCAAAUGAUCAUCAAUCCUACGCUCUUCGAUUUAUCAAGUGGUCGUGUUUUUUAUUGUCAAAUUCUCAGACAACAGAUGACGGCUAAUAAAAAUCAUGACAAAGAGAUUAUUACAGAUUCUGAUGCUCUCGUCAUUGGCUUUCAUCAUGUUUCAAUUGAUGGAUCAGCUGUCUCAAUUUUUUUGAAUGAUCUAAGUAAUAUUUACAAUAAUCACAUGACGUGGUUAGAUGAUGAAAAAUCAUUACAAUAUAUUGAUUAUGCUGUCCAUGAACGUCUCAUUGAUAUGACGUUGUCAUGUGAAUUUUGGCGCUUACAAUUCGAAGGAUGUAACCUGAAACGUCGAUUGUCAUUACCAAUCGAUCAUCAGCGUUUAUCUAAUGAUCAACGAUCUGGUUUCGCUUCUACCGUGCAAAUCACUUUCGACAGGAAAAUAUCGUCAUCAUUUCUUAACUAUGCUUCUUUACAUCAUUUAACACUAUUUCAACUCGGAUUGGCUACAUUCUACACAUUUUUAUUCAAGUUAACAUGUAGUCAAACUGAUUUAUGUAUUUCAUGCGUUAAUGCUAAUCGAUACAGACCUGAAUUACAGACUAUGAUAGGAAUGUUUGUUUCAACAUUACCAUAUUGUAUGCAACUUGAUCCUUGUUGGGCAUUUGAUGAAGUAGUUAAACAUGUACGAGAAAAAUGUUUAUCAAUUCUUGAACAUUCUCAUUAUCCACUUCAACAUAUUCUUCGUGAUUUUCAUCUUAAUCAAUCAACUGCUUCUUUUCUUCAAACAGUUUUUGAUUUCAUUACUGUAUCUUCAGUUAACGAUCAGCUUACUUUCGAUGAUGUGAGUUUACAGCCAGUGUCGUUAAAACAGUGUUCGGAAGUGGCUAAAUUUGAUUUUAAGUUGACAUUUAUUUACAAUCCAGUCUCAGUUGACAACAUAUUGUUAUGUCAUUUUAUUUGUUCACGUGAUCUAUUUGAAGAUACGACAGUUACAAAAAUGAUACAAAGAUUUCAAUAUCUUUUUGAACAACUUUUUUCAACAAAUUUCAAUGUUAAUCAAACUGAUUUAGUAGUUUCACCUAUCACCAGACUUACUCUUAUCUUACUAGAUGAAAUGAAUGAAAUGCAGCAGGUAGCUUUUUACCGUCAAUCAAAUGUGACGAAUGAAGCACCGGCAUCAUUUGCACAAGCUCGUGUUUGGCUCGAUGAACGAAUUCGAUUCGAUUCAGACAGACCUCAAACAGCAAUCUAUAAUAUACCUUUUGUUUAUCGUCUCCAACCAGGUCAUACUUUAUCGAUUAAACAACUCCGUCAUGCUCUUCAUCUCACUGUUAAAAAACAUCC